AUAACAGCAUACAUCAACCACGUAUACUGUUGCAACCGGCUACAUCACCAUAUAGCUGUGAUUGUGCAAGCGCAUUCAGCAUAUAUCGCUGUUGCAGCUGAAAUUACGCUUUGCUGAAGUAUGAAUGUACUGUUACCUGGACCCAUUCAUGGAUGCUACGGAGGGACAGCGCGUGGCCGCCAUGCUGCUGGAAUUGCAGGUCUUGAACAACGCCUAACCCGACAGGCCCGCAAUGUGACGGUGUGCAUGGGCCGUAACGAUGGAGCCUCUGGGAAAAAACGUCGCAACACCAGGACAGGCCACAGUCGCAGCGUUGGCAGACCCGACGUUGACAACGGCUUAUGGUACGAGCAGGAUAAGAAUGACGCCCCCAGCGGCAGUGGAACAACAAGCAUGAGUGCAGGACGACCACUAACACAGCCGUCUGCGCCAGCGCGGGAUCCCAGCAACCGCGGCGGCAGGGGAAGUUGGGAAGCGGUAGGCAGAACAAGCGGGCGACAGAGCAGACGGCCAAGAGUGGAGGAGGAAGAUGAGGAGGAUGAGGAUACACGAGGCUGGUGGGAGCGGCCGGAGGAGCGCUCCUUGCAGGCCUACGCAGCCCCUACCCUGCAGGCCUGGCAGGAAGAGCGGCUGCAGCUAGCCUACGCCGCUGGCAGGCGGAAAGUGCAGGUUCAGGAGCUGGCUCGCGAGCUGGACGUGGACCGCUCCGUGGUGCUGGCCUGGAUCAAGGAGUUCUCGCUGCGGCCGCAAAAGGAGCGUGACGAUAUCAUAGCUGCCAGGCUGGCGGAGGAGCGGGUGAGGCAGUCGGAGCAGGCGGCCCGCGACGCCACGGAGGCAGCCACGGGGCAGAGGGCGGCGGACGCACGUAUCGCUGCGGCGGUAGCAGGUGGCGGCCAGGCGGGCCAGGAGGCGGCCUCCGGCUUCAUUCCCUUCUACCUUCGCAAGCAGCUGGGCGCGGACAAGCAGCGGCGCAUCAGCGGGGAGGUGCUGCGCACGCUGGAGUCCAUAUACGACCGCACGCCCUUCCCCUCGGCGGACGUCGUACGCGGCCUGUUCGAGCUGCACCGCCUGCCUCGCGACAUGGCGCUGGAGUGGUUCGCGGCACGCAGGGAGGCGGACGGCAUCACCUCCUCCACGCAGAAGCGAACCGCCCGGCCCAGCCAGCGGCAGAAGGACAGAGACAUCGAGGGUGCUUUCAGCAGCAGCGGCGAUGGCCCCGCCAAUGACGCGCCCGAGUCCUCGGGCCUGCUGGGGAUGCUGGGCGGUGCAGGGCCGGGCAAGGCAGCCGAGAAGGGUGCGGGGCAGCAGCCCGCCGAACCCAAGGUUGUGCGGCUGCGGCCUCAGGACAUGGCUGCACUGCGCUCCUCCAUGCCCAGCCCCAACAAGCACAAGGGGCGCCAGCGGGCGGAGCAGCUGGACAUCAAGACAGGUCCCGACUCUCCGGACACCCAGAUCGGCAACAUCCAGUUCGUGGUGGAGGCCCCGGCCGCCCCCCUCAGGGAGCGGGUGCGCGCGUCCUGGCGCUUCCGGGCUGCCUCGCCCGCGGCAUUGGGGGCCCCGGCGGCGGCGGCGGCAGCAACGGGAGGCCGGAGACUGCGGCUGCGUGGUCGGGCUGGGGCGAGCCGCGGCGGCGAUGGCAAGGUUGAUGGUAGCAUGGGCGGAGAGCGGAGAGACGGGGGCUCCUCGGAUGCCGAUGAUGAGUUGAUGCUCUAAUGCCGCGUGCGGGUAAGGGCAUGCAGCGUGGGGAAGGCACAGGGAUGGGUGUCCUGCAGAGCGGUAAGAUAUGUGUAAGCACAUGAAACGGAAUGUGGCUUAGUGUGCAUUGCUAGGUUUUAAGGAUUUGAGAGCUGCGAGGCAGGACUGGGGAUGGAGAUGUUACCCUUCCGUGGCGGUCGACGUCCCCACAGACGCGGGAGUCUCCACCGAUGCAGCUGGCGGCAAGAAUGUCUGCCUAUCGAGGACCUUUUUCGUUGCAUCUGCUUAAUGGAAUGGACAAGGCUGAGUCCCCUUUAGUUGUGAGGUGGCCGCAUGCGGCUCCAUGCAAUAGGACGACAGCCUUCCCUGCAGGACUCGACGCAGGGGUCGCUAUCAUGAAUGAGGCUGCCAUCGCAUGCUUUUUGAAUAACGGCAUUUGGUGUUGUUCAACAGGAUUGUUAC